AUGGCUGUUUAUCAGACCUACGUCAAUGCCAUGAAUGAGAGGAUCCGCAAUCAAUUUGCCACCUCAAACCCUUUUGAUUUCAAACACAUAUCGGCGCUGAGUAGUAUUGAGAAUUUUAAUGAUGCAGGCCCAUCGGUUGUGAUGGCAAGCCCAGGUGGGCUUCAGAGUGGGUUGUCUCGACAGUUAUUUGAUAAGUGGUGCUCUGACAAGAAAAAUGCUUGCGUUAUUCCUGGGUAUGCUGUGGAAGGUACAUUGGCAAAAACGAUCACUACCGAACCAAAGGAAGUUACCCUUAUGAAUGGCCUCACUGUUCCUCUUAACAUGCAGGUACAUUACGUUUCCUUCUCGGCUCAUGCGGAUUAUGCCCAGACGAGUGCAUUCUUGGAAGAGCUUAUGCCUUCUAACAUAAUUCUUGUUCAUGGAGAAGCCAAUGAGAUGGGGAGGCUCAAGCAGAAGCUUAUUUCUCUGUUUGCUGACGGCAACACCAAAAUUAUUUCUCCUAAGAACUGCCAGUCUGUUGAAAUGUAUUUCAACUCCGAGAAAAUGGCAAAAACUAUUGGAAGGUUGGCUGAAAAGACCCCUGAAGUUGGUGAAACUGUUGGUGGUUUGCUAGUAAAGAAAGGGUUCACUUAUCAGAUCAUGGCACCUGAUGAUCUUCAUGUGUUCUCACAACUAUCAACUGCAAAUGUCACACAAAGGAUUACCAUCCCAUACUCAGGUGCCUUUGCAGUGAUAAAACACAGACUCAAGCAGAUAUACGAAAGUGUGGAGUGUUCGACAGAUGAGGAAUCUGGGGUUCCAACCUU